AUGUCCGCCACGCGUGAGCGCCUGCUCGCCGUUGGCGUCACCGCGGCCAUGGUCGGUGCCCUCCUUUCGAGGCGGCGCGUCGCGCAGGGCCUCCUAGCCCUUUCUCGCCUCGCUUCCUCCGCCGCCGCCUCGCCGACCGCACCGCUCUCCGGUUGCCUCUAUCGCUACAAGCACCCGUCCUGGCCGGCGCCGCUGCAGGCCUUCGAGUCGCCAGCUGCCCACGCGCACCGCAAGUACUGCGUCUACAUCGGCGGACUCACCGACGGCCUGCUCGCUUGCUCAUACGUCGAGGCGCUCGGCGCUGCGCUCGACGAGAGAGGCUGGUCGCUCGUCCAGCCUGUCCUCUCCUCCUCGUACGCCGGCUUCGGCUGCUCCUCGCUGCAGAGGGACGCAGACGAGCUGGCGCCGCUGCGCCACACACACACACACACACACACACUCACAACUGCAGCAGCGCAGCUCCUGCGGCACAUCGCCGACCGCGAAGAGGGCGACGCAGAGUUUGCACUCGUCGGCGCCACUCCUCUCUCAGCCGGCAGCCACUCUACCGGCUGCCAGGACGCCGUCACGCUGCUGCGGACGGCGCCGCCCGAGCUGCGCUGCAGGGUCCGUGCGGCGGUGCUGCAGGCGCCGGUGAGCGACCGAGAGUCGCAGACUGUCGAGCAAGACUCGGACGGGUCACGCGGCAGGCUGCUGGCGGAGGCGGAGGCGAAGCUGGCGGCGGGCGAGGGCGAGGCGCUGCUCAGCCAAAAGUACUACGGAUUCGUCCCAAUCAGCGCUUCGAGGUUCGCGUCGCUGGUGGGGCGCGACGGACCAGACGACCUCUUCUCCUCCGAUUUCACCGACGAGCGGCUGGCCGCGAAGCUCGGCCACAUGGGCCUCGCUGGGCAGAGGGCGACGGCGCCGAGCCACCCGGGCCUGCGCACUCUCUUCUGCUUCUCCGGAGGCGACGAGUACGUCCCGCCGUCCGUCGACGUGCCGCUGCUGGCGAGGCGCUUCGUCGCAGCGGCGGGCGGCGCAGAGAACGGCGCGUCCGCACUCAUUCUAGCAGGCGCGUCGCACAAUCUCGCCAAGCCUCCGCGGGCGGCGGGCGAGUUUGUCGCCGCCGUGUGCCGCACGCUCGACGAGAUCUAGCCCCGAGAAAGUUGUUCAGCCGAGAGAUGCGCGCGCAUAUAUUCAGUAUGCUCCGGCAUACCGCAAGCGCGGAACAAUGGCACCGAUUGCCACGGCGUGUCUCCUAGGUAAAUUUUCCGUAAAAGUAUACUCUACGUGUA